AUGAAUGACAAUUUGAUUAAUGUGGACUAUUAUUACAUCUACAAUGUAAGUUUUAAUAACAACAAUGAUUCGGUCCACAAUUCUUCGUUCGAGAACACAGUUUGUUAUUCAAUAAAUUUCCUCUACAACUCAAGUGUUGGAAUCGAAAUAGCAGUGCCAGAAUGGGAAGCGUUAACUACUAUUGUCAUGCUAUUCAUUGUCAUCACGGGAACAAUUUUUGGCAAUAUUCUGGUUAUUCUUGGAGUUUUCACGUAUAAACCCUUGAGAAUAGUACAAAACUUUUUCAUCGUGUCUUUAGCAGCUGCUGACUUGGCAGUUGCAGUGUUGGUAAUGCCUCUCAACGUGGCCUAUAUGACUUUGGGCCGCUGGUUGUGGGGUAAGCAGCUAUGCAAGAUGUGGUUAACUUGUGAUAUUAUGUCCUGCACUUCAUCAAUCCUGAACUUGUGCGCUAUAGCACUCGACCGAUAUUGGGCAAUCACAGACCCUAUAAACUACGCUAAUAAGAGAACUCUGAAACGAGUUAUGUAUCAAAUUAUUGGAGUUUGGAUUUUAUCCUUAAUUAUAAGCUCACCACCGAUUUUGGGUUGGAAUGAUUGGCCGGAUGAGUUUACCGCUGAUACUCCCUGUCAGCUUACCUCAGAACCUGGGUACGUUGUGUAUUCCUCUCUCGGCUCAUUUUUCAUACCACUCGUUAUUAUGACAAUAGUAUACAUAAAAAUCUACAUAGCUGCGCGACAAAGAUUAAGGAAACGUGUGCUUGUUUCACGUAUCCAGAAUAAAAAUCCAGUAUUAGUAGUACAGAGUCGGGAAGAGAGUCAAGAAAACAGAGAAGAUUCAGAUAACGAAUCGGACAGUGGAGGAAGUAUAAAACGUUGUCAGAGAAAAGCUUUCAUGGACAUAAAGAAAAACUUCUUUGUGCCAUUUCUGUUGUUGAACGAUCCAGUAUCUCGACAAACUAUUGAAGCAAAUAUGAACCAGAUACGAACGGAUGUGUCACCGGGCAGCUGCGGCAGUUACAAGACCAAGGUCGUUGGUUCUCUAAAGAAAAUGAGUCAGAAAAAUAAAAAGCAAGGGAAACCGUUGCUGGCGAGUGUUAAUAAAAGCGGGGACGUAGUAAACCAGUUCAUUGAGCAGAAGCAAAAGAUCUCGCUGUCUAAGGAAAGGCGCGCUGCCAGAACUCUGGGCAUCAUAAUGGGUAGAAUGGCCAAUAAAUGCAGACACUGUGAGGCACUCAAGUGGAAGGAAGAGACCCUAGGUAUGUGCUGUUCUGGAAGCAAAGUAUCAGUACCAACGCUUGGUGACCCCGAGGAGCCACGACAGAAGAAAGGACAGCAAUGA